GCUAUUUAUUUUAUCUCUAUAAAGUGCUUAAGAAUUAGUGUGUAACUAACUUCAUAGACUUUAUUGUCCAAACUGGUUUGUAAGCUGUUGCAGUGGACAAAAUGCUGUCGAGAUUAACUUUUCGCAAUAUUCCUUCACAAGUAAAGACUUUAGCUUGUGGAAUUCAAACAACUGCAAUAGCAUCAUCUAAUGGACCACGUUUAAAGCGACCCAUAGAUGCACCUCCAGUUAGAUUAGGAUUUAUUCCAGAAGAAUGGUUUAAAUUUUUCUAUCCUAAAACUGGAGUUACAGGUCCAUAUAUAUUUUUAACAACUUUUUCAACAUAUUUAUUAUCCAAGGAAUGGUAUAUUAUGGAACAUGAAUUUUAUAAUGGACUUUCUUUGCUUUCAAUCAUUAUAUAUAUCCAAUACAAAUUUGGAGCGAAAAUUGGAGCAUUUAUAGAUAAAGCAGUUGAUAAAGAAGAAGAAGAACUUAAUAAUCAGAAAAAUGAAGAUAUAGAAGAAAUUCAGAAACAGAUUGAUGAGUUGGAAAAAGAAAAGUGGCGCCUUGAUGGACAAUUAAUGCUUUAUGAUGUAAAGAAGCAAAAUAUUUGGAUGCAAUUGGAAGCAAGUUAUAGAGAAAAUUUGGCAACUAUUCAUUCACAAGUUAAAAAAAUUCUUGAUUAUCAUGCUCAAAUAGAUAUUAUAAAUCGUAGAAUUUCUCAAAAACAUAUGAUGCAGUGGAUUAUAAAUAGUGUAUUAGCAUCUAUCACACCUGAACAAGAAAAAGCUAAUCUUCUACAAUGUAUUAAAGAUCUUGAAGGUCUUUCAAAAGCUUGAAGUUUUAUGCAGAACAAAAUAAAAUAAAAAUAUUAUUAGUAA